UACCUUUGUUUUCUUAUAUAUUUAGAACGGAGUCUGUGAAAUAUAAUUGAAGUCACAAAAUGGUUUUUUCAUGGUUCUUUUCAAACAACUGUAAGAGGAAAGUUUGAUACUAGUGAGAAUUCGGAAACAAAUAGCGUGAAUUAUUCCAUGGACUUCCAUGGGAUCCUCUGUAUAUCCGUAAUGAAAGAAGAAGCUGUUUGGAGCAUCUACCACUACCGCCGAAAAGACACUUCUUCGAGAGUAGCAUUGUUCAUAUCUUGACAACUACUAAGAAGUCCUGUGAUUCGAUUUUCCUGUGUUACGGUCAAAUUAACUUGUGAUGUGCAGGUGUCAUCGUUAACAGGAACCGGUCAACUGUUGCGGUCAUCAAACAUUCAAUUAUUAAAUACAUGAAUCUUCUCUAAAAUACGUCUAAGAAGGCAUUAAAGAUCUUUACUAUAGUUACAGCUUACACUGCACUUGGACGACAUGUCGUCCCUCUUCAAUGGUCUCUUAAGAAAACGUUCACCAGAAGGGUUUGGAUCUACGGAAACCAAAUACGUGCGAUGUCUCUCAACACUGGAUCUKUCAGCCCUUGGCAUUGCGUCUGUUGUCGGUGCGGGAUUAUAUGUAGUUGUUGGAAAACUGGCAAGAGAUGUGGCUGGUCCAGCAGUAAUCUUUUCGUUUGCAUUGGCGGCGUUAUCUUCACUUUUGUCAGGAAUUUGCUAUGCUGAGUUUGGAUGCCGGAUUCCCACAGCCGGUUCGGCCUACGUGUAUACUUAUGUCUCACUUGGAGAGAUGUGGGCUUUUAUUGCUGGCUGGAACAUGAUUCUCGAAUAUGUGAUCGCUGCCGCAAGUAUUGGUAGAGCAUGUAGUGAAUACAUUAAUUCCAUAACUGGCGGAGUAGUAUAUCAUUUUUUCGCGACUAGAUUCGGAACUUGGCAAAGUCCGUUUUUGGGGAGUUUCCCUGAUUUCCUAGCUCUUUGCAUUGUGCUUUUAAUCGCUUUGAUCAUCGGUCUAGGUAUAAAGUACACAUCUGUCUUCAAUAAGAUAGUCAUAUCAAUUAAUAUCUCAGUUAUCGUGUUUAUCAUAUGCAUUGGCGCGUACUACGCUGAUAUCAGUAACUGGUCGACGAUGAAAAGGUUUGCGCCGUACGGUAUACAGGGUGUAUUCUCAGCCGCAGCCAGCUGCUUCUAUGCAUUUGUUGGCUUUGACGUUAUUGGUACGGCCGGCGAAGAGGCAAUUAACCCUAAAGUAGCCAUCCCAAGAGCUCUCAUGAUAACUAUCGCAAUAAGUUUCUUGGCGUACUUUGGAGUUUCUACCGUACUGACAAUGAUGCAGCCUUACAACCAACUAGAUAAACUCGCUCCUCUCACCGAAGCAUUCGUCAGUCGGGGAUUCAAAGCUGGUAAGUAUGUGGUAGCAUGUGGAGCGAUCUUUUCUACGCUGGGCGCUUUACUCUCGGUAUCGUUUGGUGCACCGAGAAUUAUUCAUGCUAUGGCAGCGGAUGGAUUGUUGUUCAAACAGCUAGAUGUCAUUCACAKUUCAACUCACGUGCCAGUGCGAGCUUUGGUAUGCUCAACUACCAUAAUAGGUAUACUGACUGUCAUACUCGACCUGGAGCAGCUGGUAGAAAUGUUAUCGAUUGGAACGUUGAUCGCCUAUACACUUGUUGCCGCAGGUGUCUUGCACACUCGAUAUCAAUGUAACAUCCAAAGUGUUGAUAAAGGAAAACAAAAUGUUAAUUGGUUCCAGACUUUCAUCCGAAAUCUACAAAAGACCGAGAAAUGUCAAACAGAAGAUGCACCAAAAGACAAUCAGCCUACAGAUAAGUCAAGCUUCCAAGCUGGAGUCAUAACUUUUAUUUUGUCUAUUGGGCUGAUAUCGUUCUGUAGUAUGAUCAGCUUAGCAUUCCUUUCAUUCAGUGUUUUGACGUUGAUAUUGACACUUAUAAGUGGAAUUAUUGUCGUGGUUUCUACGAUAUUCCUAUGGAAACUGCCUGUUAAUUCAGCGUCGUACCCAUUUACUGUCCCGCUGGUCCCAUUUCUUCCUAUACUGACACUUUUCAUAAAUUUUCUUCUGAUUGUCAACUUGAAUUCCUGGACGUUCCUUCGGUUCAGCGUGUGGAUGCUUGUAGGGAUGCUGGUCUAUGGACUAUAUGGCUAUCAUCAUUCCCUAAUGAACACUCAAAACACUUCAUAAGCCAACUAAAACAAUUAUACGAUCACAUGUAUUUCUAUCGACGCUUGGGAAGAACAAAAGAAAUUGAAAAAAAAACAACAAUGCUACAACUAUGAGAGGAACAAUGGACCAGGUCGAAAGUGUGUUGAACAUAUAUCAGUCCAUCUAUACACCCUUUUAAUAAGUCCUGAGGUAUUACGUUCUCCGCACUUG